AUGUCAUCAAAAUUUACAUCGUUGCAACAGCAACAGCCGCAACCUGAAUACACAUGCAUAAAAUGUAAUAAACAGAUUCAAUCAGGGAACUUUUAUACCAUCAACGAUUUUCAUUAUCAUAAUGAUUGUUUCCAUUGUUUUAAAUGUCAAAAAUCGUUAGCACCACAUGGGACGGCAGAUAACAACGAUAAAUUAUUAGUCCUGGAGAAUGGUACAUUGAUUUGCUCGGAUUGUUCUGAUUCUUGUAAAAGAUGUGGUAAGAAGAUUUAUGAUUUAGCUAUAAUAUUGUCGAAUAAUGAAGCUUACUGUCCCGAAUGUUUUAGAUGUACAAAAUGUGAUAAAGAGAUUAGUGAUCUUAAAUAUGCAAAGACUAAGAAUGGGAUAUUUUGUGUAGAUUGUCAUCAAGUUUUAUUACAAAAGAGAAGACUUCAUAAGGAAAAAUUAUUGAAUAAACAGAAAAAUAAUGAUGAUACUAGUAAUCAGGAUAAUAUAGCUGUACCAAUACGGUCCCCAAGUCGUAAUAGGAAUCGUGAUAACCCAAUAUAUAGCAAGAUUCCAAAUACUUUGCCUAAAUUGAUACCUAAAAAUACUUCAUCUUCAUCGUCAUCGAUAUCCUUGUUAUCGUCAAUGGUUAGUAAUCAAUCGAUUGCAAGUCAUAGGACAACAAAUUCUACUACUGAUGCAUCGUUUUUGAAAGAACCGACAGGUCUGAAGAGACCACCGACAUUAGUUAAAGAUCCAACGUUUUCUACAAUGAAGGACGUAUCAUCCACUUAUGAUGAUGCAGAGAGUAGACCAUCGACCGAACAUUUAGAUUUAGAAAACAGAGGGAGUCAUGCUCGUAAUGUUUCUAUUGAUGAUAUGUUGAAUGCAACGCUUGAUCAUGACGAAGAGUUUAAGGAUUCCGACGAAAAUAUUGAUGAUAAUGAAGAAGAAGAAGAAGAAGACGACGAUGAAGGGGAACAUGACGCAACUGAUAGAAGUUUUAUGCAUUAUACACCUGUGAAACACAAUAUGGAGUCCAUAUUUUCAGAGAAUUCAUUAAUUGACACUUAUGAUCAUGAAUCUAUGUCAAGGACGCCUGAACCUAUAGGGAUUAUUCCGCAAGUUUUGCCCGAAUUACCAACCAGUAUAAUGCCGGAUAUUGAUCACAGGGAUAUGUUGAAUACUCCAAAAUUAUUAGCAACACCUUCAUCGAAGAAUGCCACGUCAAGUAUUCCAUUGAAUAGUCCCAUGGCCAUUGAUUCGAGACAACCCGGACAAGCUAAGGGAUUGGCACUGGAUCUACCAAUGUUUUCUUUCGAGGAUAAAGAUUUAUAUCGCAAAAGAAGUCAGUCGAGUAAUGGUAAUACUGGUAAUGGUGCUCCGCAUCAUAAAGAAUCAUUACAAAAUGUAUUCUCAGGAGACCAUAACGAAGAUAGUUACAAUAAUCAUAACGUUGAUAAUGAUGAUGACGAUGACAAAAUCAUUCAAAUAAGACAAGAUAAUAAUGUAACAUCUAAUUCUGCUCCACAAAGUUCUCAUAAAAAUAAGAAAUUGAACAGAUCGUUUUCAUUGAGAAAUAAUAAAUUUUUCAAUGGAUUUAGAAAUAAAUCUUCAGAAUCUCCAAAGAAUAUUCCAGUGUCUCCAAAUAACAAUAGUGGGAAUAUGCAAGGUGCAGUAGAUACCCAUUCAGGUUGGGGUGUUACAAAUAACAAUACAUCUAAAAUAGUUUCAAAAGAAAAACCAAGAAAUUCAUUUAAGGGUAAUAGUGAUACAUUAAUCUAUCAUAGACAUAAUAAUGACACAGACACAUAUAAUACAUCAAAUGGACCUAUUAGUAUCUCAUCACCAAUAAAAGUAGUAGAUAUUGGUUCAGGUAGCAGGCAUGCAAGAGCUCAGAGUACUACAAGUCAGUCUUCCCAAACAGCAUCGAAUAUAGCAAUGUUUAGAACACCUCCCCUGGAUAAUACUGCCAUCUUUAAAAGAGGUGGGGCAUCAUCCACUACAUCUACUGAUCAUAGUAGAUCUAAAAGUUAUGACGCAUCUACCAGACCUCAACAUACUAUUUCUAAAGAAAUUCCUGAAUUACCAAAUACACCUUCUACUGAUCCUAUCCAUGAGAGUAAUGGAAAUAUGUCAUUACAAUCAACAAAUGGUAUGGAUUCUAAUAAAAUUGCAGCUCAUCAUAGAUCUAUUAGCUGGCAGACAGCGUUACAUUUAGGGCAUAAAGGUAUCAAUGAAACAGAUGAAAAUGUUGAUCCAGAGGAAUUGCCAUUACAAACUCGAACUUCUUUGUCAAAUAAGAGACCAUCAAGUAGAGGUGAAUUAUUGAAUUAUGAAAUUAAAUUAAGAAAUGCUAAGUUAGAGUUGAAAAGUAUUGAGAAUUCUAAACAACAAUUAUUAAUAGAGAUAGAAAGUUUAGAACAAUAUAAAAAGAAUUUAGUUCAAGAUAUCAAUCAAGCUAAAAAAGUAGAUUUAAUAGAAAAUUCCGGUGAUCAAAGGAUGAAUUCAUUGGAUAAUGGAUUACCUUCCACUAUCCGUUCAGGUCAUAGUAGAACAGGUAGUGUGACGAAUGAUAUGAAUGUAUCUAGUAUAUCUACACCUAUGACAUAUACCGCAUCUUCACCUCAAUCGACUUCUAAACAGAAAUUCUGGAAAAUAUUUGGUAAAGAAUCUAAUGGGAAUCAUCAACGUAAUAAGACCACAACUCCAUUAAAUUUUUCUAACUCAAGUGGAAAUUUACAAGAUUCGAUUGGUAGUGCCACUUUUAAUUCAUUUAAGACAAACUCUACAAACUCAAACAAUGGUAACGAUAUGACACUAAUGAAUAGUAAUCAAAUGAAUAUUAGUCCGAAUCGUUCAAAUAUUAGUGGGUUACAAGAGAUUGUUCUAACAGACCUCUGUCGAUAUGAAGAUACUGCAGUUCCGCAUCUUAUUACCACAUGUAUAGAUUAUAUUGAAUCUAGGGAUGAAUUAUUACAAAUUGAAGGUAUUUAUAGAAAAUCUGGUUCACAAGUUCAAAUUGAAAAUAUUGAAAAAGAACUUUAUACUAAUAAUAAUAUUAAUUAUAAAUUUCCAAAUGAUAUUGAUAUUAAUGUUGUUACAAAUAUUUUAAAAAGAUUUUUAAGAAAUUUAAAGAAUCCGGUUAUAACAUUUGAAUUAUAUGAUCCAUUAAUUCAAUUUGUUAAAGAUAAUGAAAUGAUUCAAAAAUUAUCAUUUAAUGAUAAUCAAUUAAAGAAUCAUGAUCCACAAUUAAUUAAAUAUAUCAAUGGUAGAUUACAAAGUUUAUUAUUUCAACAGAUGCCAAGAGAACAUUUAAAUCUUUUGCAAAUUUUAGUGACUCAUGUUAAUAAAAUUGCAAAUUGGAAAGAAGAAAAUUUAAUGUCAUUACAUAAUUUAUCAUUAGUCUUUGCACCAAGUUUGAUUCAUGAUUUAAAUUUUGAAAAAGAUAUUGUUGAUAUGAAGGAAAGAAAUUAUUUAAUUGAAUAUUUAUUCACUUACAAGAUAAUUGUUUGA